UCACCUGCGAUCUUUUCGCUUCACUUUUUUCCCCAUUAAUCUAACCCACUCCUCUUCUAAUCAAUUAUCUGCUUCAAUCUAUUCAAUCUUCAGUUCCUCUCAUUGAGAUUCAAUGGAGUUCUCCCUUCAUCUUCCUCCCCAACUUUCUUUGGUGUGGCGGUCAGGUUUGAUCGGCGGCGGAGCUGGAGGAGAAUCGUAUCCAGAGAGACCAGAUGAGCCUGAUUGUGUUUAUUACUUGCGAACCGGAGCUUGCGGGUUAUUGGAGGUGUUAGAGGAGGAGGAGAUGGAGCUUCACCGGAGAGGAUGGGACAACCGGUUUGUCAGCAUUUUAUGAGAACGGGAACGUGUAAGUUCGGUGCAUCUUGCAAGUAUCAUCAUCGUAGGCAAGGAGGUGGGUCUGUUGCGCCUGUCUCGCUAAGUUAUUUGGGAUAUCCAUUACGCCCGGGGGAGAAAGAGUGCGAUUACUACAUGAGGACCGGUCAGUGUAAAUUUGGUUUGACCUGGAAAUUCAACCAUCCAGUGCCUCUCUCUGCACAAGCACCACCACCUCAGCAGCAGCCCCAGCCUCAACCGCAGCUACACACUAUUUAUCAAACACUUCAGUCUCAACCCUCUCCACUAAAUGGUUUAGUUUUGGCAAGGCCUUCUCUUUUACCCGGUUCUUAUCUUCCAAGUCAUUACGGUCCUCCUAUGGUUCUGCCUCCGGGGAUGGUUACAUACCCUGGCUGGAAUCCUUACCAGGUUUCUUUAACUGCAAUGCCUUUGCCUGAAACACAACCAUCUAUUAGACCAAGCUCUGUUUAUGGAAUGGCGCCGUUAUCUCCUUCAGGGACUGAUUAUACAGGAACAUACCAAUCUGGUGGACCUUCCUUUACUACCUCAAAAGAAGAGUCGUUUCUUCAGCGACCUGAUCAACCUAAGUGUCAAUACUUGAUCUCAUCAUCAUUGUAUUCUUUCAUAACUCGGACUCAUAUACGCUUUUCAUCUUUUAAAAUUCUCAUUGACUCUUGCAGUCUCAACGCACAGUCAAUGACAGAGAGACGAAGAAAAAGUUACUUGCAAAUGCAGUAUAGGAAGCCGAGCAUAGGAAGUUGCUGAAGUUGGACAAAAUGACCAAAAGAGGUGCAGCAGUGGGUCACAAAUAAGUACAAGCAGAAGGAUGAGAAAAUAAAGGCAGUAAGGACGCAGUCAAAGAACCAUCAGAAAAAUAAGAAGAGAAGAAGGGCAAACAAAACGGCCACUAUGGUUGAGAAACACAACGUGUAAGAGAAUGUUAGGCUAGAAGAGUUCUGAUCUGAUAAAAAGAUGACGCAAAGGAUGGUACUAGAAAGUGAUAUGGGAGUAUUCAUGAUCACAAUACAGAAGGUAAAUUCUUUGUUAGUUUGGAAGUUGUGGGGUUAUAACAAUAGUUUACUGCAAUCUGCUACAUGUCAUGGCCACUGCAGGAUUGGUUUCAUCUCCUUCCAAGUAUUUUUCAUCGUUUUUUCUAAAUAGUUUCCAUAUCAUUUGUAUGUCUUCAAUCCUGUUAAAUUAUUUUUCAUAUUCAAUCGUGAUUCAAAUCAUGGCCUGAUUUUUGAGAAAUUAAUUUUAAACUAUGUAGCCUGCGAUGGAGACUGUCUUUGAAAACCUUCUACUUCAGAUAUUGUUAGCGAAGAAGAUACCAUCUAUUUGAAAAUAUUAUACGUGUGUGAAUGAUUAUCAAAAUAAGCCUUCCCUCGACUUAUCUCUUAAAUAUAAAGAUCCUUUGUGUAUUGUAGAUGAACAUUUAGAUGAUGAUUGCAUUUGUUGAAUUAAGCUUGCAGAGGGAUUGAACGUUGAUGGAGUAUUGGAGAGCUGGGGAAUGAUUAAGCUGGAAGCUUGGGAUGAAGAAGUUAGAGAAGAUUAAAUUAAAAAAGACUUGACAAUUUGGUUUGGUGUCAAUA